CUGAAUGAUGACUCACUUAUGAUCACAAGAACUAUUGAAGUAAAACGUGUGUCUCUGUUUUUAACGUCUUAGGGAGAGUUUCGCAGCUUUGCAGUGGAAGAAGUGUGUGAUGAAAACAUCAGUGAUGGAUCUUAAAGUGGAACCUAUGGACAUUGAUUACGACCAGCCGCCUCCCCUCCAAGUGUUCGCUCACACCUCGACUCUGCACGGCAUCUCUCAUAUCUUCUCCUAUGAGAAGAUCACGGCCAAAUGCUGCCUCUGGGUGGUGUUUUUCCUCAGCUCACUGACCUUUUCUCAUGUACGUCUGCGUCGAUCGGAUUCAGUUCUACCUGGAGUACCCUCACGUCCCCCAAGCUGGACGAGAUCACCACGCCCAUCAUGGUUUUCCCAGCAGUGACGAUUUGCAAUCUCAACUCCAUCCGCUUCAGCAGGAUCACACGGAAUGACCUGUACCACGCGGGCGAGCUGCUGGCGCUGCUCAACUCCAGACAUGAGAUUCGGGACGCUCACCUGGUUGAAGAAAGCGUGAUGGAGGUUCUCAAGAGCAAAGCAGACUUUCGCUCCUUCAAGCCGCGACCCUUCAACAUGUGGGACUUCUAUAAUAGAACAGGACAUGACAUAAAAGACAUGCUGCUCUCCUGCCAGUUCAGAGGUUGGCCGUGUCGACCCGAGGACUUCAGUGUGGUGAGGCACUCUAGGGAUGCACAGUGAUAGAUUUCUUUGAGCUCUUUUCACUUAAAGUCCCAUUCUGCAGCCCUGCUGUAUUUAUUUGAUGCGAAUCUCUUGGAGCGCUGAAGGCUUUUUCUAGGUUUCAGCCAAAUGCUGGGGUGUGAUAUUUGACAGUCCAAUCAUUUACGCUGCUGGAAUGAAGUUUGUAGUUCUCAAGAUUUCCCAGGGUUCACAUUGUGCUGUUGAGUU